AGUGUUUGAAUGUAUUAAAUACUAAAGAUUCAUAGAAAAUAGAAUUGACCAAUUUAACGAUGGACUACGAAAAUGUUUAUAAGACCGUUGGUUUCACUAUCGAGAAAAAUGUUAUCAAGGGGAUCCCCAAGCCAUACUGUAUGAAGACUCAUAACCUCGGAAAAGUCAUUCUCGCCGUGCUUGAUGCCAACUUGAAUCAUGUUUCACAGCUCGAAAGUGAAACCAGAAAAGAAACUACUUUCGCAGAGAUGAAAGACUGCAGUAUUCGGUGCGCAUUAUGGCUUAAGAAGCAAGGAAUAAAAAGCAACGAUGUAAUAUCUAUUUGCACUGAUAAUCAAUUAAACGCAUACAUUCCAGAGCUAGCGACUUUUUACAUUGGAGCUGCUCACAAUCCUUGGCAUCACGACGUUACAUUGAAGCCAGCGCGUCAUCUACUGCAACUGACACAGCCUAAGAUCAUGUUUACGUGCGCAAAUGCGGUUGACAUACUUGUAGAAGCAGCAAAGUUAGAGAAUAUUAAUACGAAAUUCAUAACAUUCGGAGACCAUUUGAGUUUAGAGUCUCUUAAUGAUAUAAUGAAACAACAAACCGAAGAAGAAGUUAAAAACUUCAAAGUAGUAGAAGUGGAAAAUUCAAACGAUAUUGCUUUGAUUAUCUUCUCUUCUGGCUCGAGCGGAUUGCCCAAAGGUAUCGUACAUUCGUACAACACAUUUUCCAAAAACAUUUUGAGAUUCGCUAGGCUUCCAAAAAAAACCGAUGUGAUGUUAUGGUACACUUCACCGUACUGGUUGACCGCAGUUUACUUUUCUUUGCAAUUAUUUUUACUUCAAUCGACUAGAAUCUUCCACGCCAAAUUUGAUCCAGAAGAAACUUGCAAAGUCAUUAUGAAACAUAAGAUAUCAUGGCUCUUCAUCACCACAGAUAUGAUAAACGUGCUUAACAAAGCAGAUGUAUUUAAAAAAUACGAUCUUCCAUCACUGAAAUUGAUACAGACAGGGGGUUCAAAGAUCAAUCGUGAAGUAUUUGAAAAAUUUCAGAACAGCCUGCCCAACACAUUAGUUAUUCAAGGAUACGGAAUGUGCGAGCUGGGAGGUACGGCUACAAUGCAAAACGAGAAGCGCAAAAGAGUCGACUCGAGUGGUUUCGUAAUAGAGCACGUGCAAGUGAAAAUGGUCGACCUGGUGACGGGUGAGGCGCUCGGGCCGAACCAACCGGGUGAACUCUACUGCAAGUCCCCGACAAUGAUGCUCGGCUAUUACAAAAAUCCCGAGGCCACCAAGGAAACUAUCGACGAAGAAGGCUGGAUACACUCGGGUGACAAAGCUUAUUACGAUGAGAACGGCGAGGUGUUUAUCGUGGAAAGGUUAAAGCAGGUGAUGAAAUUUCGCGCUUAUCACAUUUCCCCGUCAGAAAUCGAAGAAGUUCUACUUAGCCACCCGGCUGUGAUGGAAGUGGCGGUAGUGCCGAUGCCACACGAAUUGGACGGUGAACGCCCGGUGGCUUUCGUCGUCAAAGCACAGAACAGCGAGGUGACAGAAGAGGAGUUAAUAGCGCUAAGCGCUACGCUUGGAGAAUACAAGAAGUUAUGGGCCGGAGUUAAAUUUCUGGAUAAGUUGCCGCACACUCCUUCUGCAAAAAUUGCGAGGGUCGAACUGAUCGAGAUGGCCAAAGCUUUGGCAAAACAAUGAGGCAUUUUUUGUCAGCAUUCCCAAUAUAAUGCACAAAUUUUAAUUGUUUCUUAAUCAAUAAAAGACGAGAU